AGUAAAGACGCUAGUCACUCGCUUCAUGCUUGGCGGCCAUGUCUGAAGCCUGCUUGGACCUUUGAAAGUUCGUGUUGUGCUAUUCUUUGUUGUAUAAAAAAGACAGUGGUUUUAGUUCCGUAAAAGACAAUGAAUUUGUGACUAUAUAAAUUGACUAUGAACUGUGUUAAAUGUGGAGUGUUUUAUAUUUUCAAGCAAAUCGAUAAAAUUUGCUUCUGCAGAAGUAACUCCAACAUCGUAUUUUUAGUUCAUCCGCCAUAUUGGCGUUAAUAUAUCUUCGUUCCGAAAACGAAAUAGUUAAAAAUUGUCGCCUAAGUAAUUUAACACUGCAUAUGUAUAUAGAAGGUCUAGAAAUAAUUUAAAUGAACAAAAUGAGGUAUACCUAGGUGCAUUUGCACCACAUUAUAUUAUGAUAGAAUGGUUUUAUGUUAUAAGAGGAUAUAGCUGAUGCCUCUUAGCCAGAGAUUGGAUGAACCUCUCGUUACUAUUGAGAUUGCAGACUCCAGCACAAUGCAACAGGCAGUCGAUCCCCUUGCUACAACUAGCACUCCGUCGGCGGAGCCUGUCAAUGGCGCGUCCUCGGAGGAUACACCACGCCGUCAAGGUCGGAUGACUAAUCAACUACAGUUCCUUCAAAAGAAUGUUAUAAAAGCAGUCUGGAAACAUAAAUUUGCAUGGCCAUUUCACCAACCGGUCGAUGCCAAAAAAUUGAACCUACCUGAUUACCACAAAAUCAUAAAAAAACCUAUGGAUUUAGGUACAAUCAAAAAACGUCUUGAGUCAAACUACUACUAUUCAGCUCAAGAAUGUAUUCAAGAUUUCAAUACUAUGUUCACUAAUUGCUAUGUUUAUAACAAACCGGGUGAAGAUGUGGUUGUGAUGGCUCAAACAUUAGAAAAAUUAUUUCUUAAUCGGAUUGCGCAAAUGGACAAGGAGGAGAAGGAGAUAGAGAUGCCAUCAAACAGCGGGAAAGGAGGAGUGAAGAAGCGUACUGGAGGCUCGAGCGGGGGUGUGGUGGCGAGUGCGGCGGGAGCAGGUGCGGGUGCGGGGCCGGGCGCCGGGGCGCCAGCGGGCGCGGCGCUGGGCGCGCGCGCCUCCGUCAAGCCUGCCCCGCCCGCGCCGCACCCCCCCGCUUUUGUGGGCUCCACCAACACCACCACCACGCCCACGCUCACCGCGCCCGCCGUCACCCCGCCCGCCACGCACACCGGACUGCCGCAACAGGUUGCAACUCAACCUUCAAAUUUCCAUGUAUCACAAGCUGCUGCACAACCGGUAUCUACAAUACCAGCCGUUACAUUAUCACAAACCCAACCUGCCAAGGUUAAAAAAGGAGUUAAAAGAAAAGCUGAUACUACGACGCCUAUGGGUAGUUCAUUUGAAGGUGGCUAUACGACUCCUACCAUUGAGCAACAGAGUGGACCUAAACCUGCCAAAAUUUCUACCAGAAGAGAAAGUGGAAGACAGAAAAAAGCGGGCCGGGUGGGGGACGACGUGUUCAAGAUGGGCGGGCUGUCGCCCGGCGUAGGCGCGGCGGGCGCGUCGCACCACGCCGCGCUCACGCCGCAGAUGGCGAAGAGCAAGGAGAAGCUCUCCGACGCGCUCAAGAGCUGCAACGAGAUCUUGAAGGAGCUCUUUUCCAAGAAACACUCGGGUUAUGCGUGGCCGUUUUAUAAACCGGUCGAUGCCGAGUUACUCGGUUUGCAUGACUAUUUUGAUAUUAUUAAAAAACCUAUGGACCUCGGGACCGUAAAACAGAAAAUGGACAAUAGAGCUUAUAAGACGGCAGCCGAGUUCGCAGCGGAUGUACGACUAAUAUUCACAAAUUGCUACAAAUAUAAUCCUCCUGAUCACGACGUUGUUGCAAUGGCCCGAAAAUUGCAAGACGUCUUCGAAAUGAGGUAUGCCAAGAUUCCUGAUGAACCAAGUCAUGUUGGAGUACCUCACAUGGAUAAAGGUAGUUCAGCUUCUAGUUCAGAAUCAGGGUCCGAAUCAGACUCAGAAUCAGACGAUUCAGAGGAAGAACGAAACAAUAAAGUAAAAUUAUUAGAAAAAGAACUUCUUGCACUUCAGGAGAAAAUGCGAAAGCUUGUCGAAGAGUCUAAUAAUAAGAAGAAAGCCAAAAAGAAAAUGAAAGAUAAACAGAAAAAGACGGUAGCAAAUAGUGCCAUCCCUAAAGCCAAUGCUGUUGCAGGAUAUAGUGCAAAAGCAAACAAUAUAGGUGACAAUUUGGUUGUGAACGUAUCGUACGUUUUCGCAGCGGUGGGCGGCGUCCGCGGCAAGACCGGCAGCAAGCGCGGCGCCGGCGCGGCAGGCGGCGGGCCGGCGGGCGGCGCGGGCAAGGCGGCGGCGCGCGCGCCCGCCAAGAAGAAGAGCUCCACGCCCACCGCCGCGCCGCCGCACCACGCGCCCGCGCACCACGCGCACCACGCGCACCACGCGCACCACGCGCACGCUGACACCGACGACGAGGACCUCGCCAAGCCCAUGUCCUACGACGAGAAGCGCCAGCUCUCGCUCGACAUCAACAAGCUGCCCGGCGAUAAGCUUGGCAAAGUAGUACACAUUAUUCAAAGCAGAGAGCCUUCGCUGCGAGAUUCAAAUCCGGAUGAAAUCGAAAUCGAUUUCGAAACGUUAAAACCAUCUACGCUUAGAGAGUUAGAAAACUAUGUGGCAUCAUGUCUUCGAAAGAAAACACAUCGAAAAGUAUCUGGUAAAUCUAAAGACGAGCAGAUGGCUGAAAAGAAGCAGGAAUUAGAAAAAAGAUUACAGGAUGUAUCAGGCCAAUUAGGAAGUAAUAAAAAGCAACAACCUAAAAAAGAGGGCUGCAAGGAGGGGCUCGGCGGUGGUAUGUCCUCGUCGUCUAGCUCGUCCGACUCGUCCAACUCGUCGUCCAGCACCGACACCAGCUCGUCGGACAGCAGCGACAGCGAAGCAGGUACGAGUGCCGGAAAACCUUCCAAGAAGAAAGUCAAGAAGCAGGCUCAACACGUUCCUUCGCAAAGCAAGCAGGCCCCGCCCGUGGUGGCGCCAGUGGUCGCGCCGGCCGCGGCCGCCGAGCCGCCGCGCGCCGAGCCCGCGGCCCCGGCGCCCGCGCCGCCGCCCGCGCCCGAGCUGAAGCUGCCGCCCGCGCCCCCCGCGCCCGCGCCCGCGCCCGACGCCGGCGCCCCGCAGCCGAGGGACGCGGACGCUCUCAAGCCGUCGGUGAAGACUGAGCCGCGGAACGGUCUCGACAAGGUGGACGCUUCUCAGUACAUCGAUCCCCUCGAGCGCUCGCUGGCCAGUCUGGAGCGAAGCCUGCAGGCGGACGUGCCGAUGGACGUUAGCGUCGGCGCGUCCGAGUCGUCGAUGCGACUCGAAGAGUUUGCUCUGCCGAAGCCGUCGAUCGUCCCGGAUGCGGUGCAUCACAAUUUGAUGGCUCAACUCGGAGGUCUGACCGGGGGCGACGUGACGCACGUCUCCGAGCAGAUCAAGAAUGAGCUGUACCCUUCGCCCCAUAACGGAUUCGUAGAAAAGAGUACGCCGCUGGAGCGCGAGAUGCUUAGGCCCGAUAUGAAUCCUAACAUACCUUGUUUAACGACGGCACCUCCGGUUUCUUCAAUAUUCGACCCCGUGUACUCUGCGCCUCAUACGCACCCUGUUUCGGCACAGUCGCAUCUCAACAUCCCGAAUGCUCAAAAUUUGAUACCACCUGUGGUCAAAAAAGAGGAAGUAAAACCACUGUUAACCCCGAAACCCAUCGAAGAUUUAAUGGGAGUACCGAACAUAGUUAGCAACAGUAUGACGGAUAGAGUCAAGUACGAGCUGGAUAAAAAAGUAGAAGAUAAUAAAAAUUCUAAUUUUGCUCAAGCUUUUAAACUUAAACAAGAGCAGAAUUUGAAGAAUGCUAGUUCUUGGUCGUCUUUGGCUCAAGCAGGAAGUCCACAAAAUGUACCAAAUAUAGGUAUCAAUAAUCAAAUAAAACAAAAACCGGUCAUGGAUAGUUUUCAAGCUUUUAAAAAACAAGCUCGCGAAAAGAUUGAUCGACAAAGAGCUUUGAUAGAACAACAAGAAUUAAGGAGGAAGGAACAAGCUGAAAGAGAAAGACAGCGUCAGGAAACAGAGAGGCGGCAUCCCGAAGAUGAUAAAAUGAGGGUGGGGGUGAGCGCGCGCAAGGCGGAGAGCGCCGAGGUGUCGUCGCCGGCCGUGUCGCCCGUGGCGCGCGGCUCGCCGCCCGCCGCGCCCGCCGCGCCGCCCGCGCCCGCCGCGCCCGACAAGCCGCCCGCCUCCGAGCGCGACCGCCUGCGCCAGCGCGAGCAGGAGCGCCGCCGCCGGGAAGCGAUGGCUGGCCAGAUAGAUAUGAAUAUGCAGAGUGACUUGAUGGCAGCGUUCGAAGAAUCGUUGUAAUUCAUUACGCAGACGUUACUUUAGUUGUACAUAUGAGUAUAUAAAAUUAAUAUUAAUGUCAAUGCAAUCUAAGUGGUGAUAAUCUGACGCCGGAGUGACUUUGUGAUUGUUUUGUGUGUGAAAUCGUUGACUAACAUGUGGUUAAGUGCUGUGAAUAGAUAUACAUAUUAUAAAUUAAACUGUUAUAUCAUUGACUCGAUUUGGUUGCUUACUAUAGGCCUUUACGAGAGGGUUGCAUUUUAAAAUAAAUUGUAUUAUAAUAAGUUUGUAUGCAAGUUCUUGAUGUAAACUCUCUUUACAUUCGUAAGCCUAUGAUAUAUUUAUAUUUUGUUCUAGAAGCGUCUUCUACCUUUCUGAACUUGUUUUAUAGUAUGUACUAAUAAAGAGCAUGGUAGUAAUCGAAAUUUGGAAAAAAUCAAAAAUGUUUUAUUUUAUGUAUUUGAUAAAUAGACAAUCAACUUUUAACCAUUAAAUCUGUUAUUCUUAAUGUUCUCACAUUGCAUAAUGGCAUCGUAAAACGUUGCGCGGAAAUGUUUUAUUCGGAUUUAUAAUUGUAGUAGAAUAAUUCUAAAAUUGUCCACAGUAAGCCACGAUGCAAUGAGAAAACAGUGUACGUUAUGUAUUUAAUAGUGAAUGGAAUUUCUGUUACGUGUUCGAUUUUCGAUAAAUAUUGCUUAAUGUUAGUAGGUUUUUUAUCUUUCUGUCAACAGUAAACAGAUCAAAUGUCAUACAUUUGAUUUGAAAAUAUAUUUAUUUUACAUUGAAAAUUGUCUUUUAUGUUUUGUAGUUAGUUAACUCCAGUGGGAAAUUUGUAAAAAAAGUAUUAUCGAAAUUCAACAUACUCAUAAGUUUGUGGUAUGAAUGAGUAAGUCAUACGAUACAGACCGAUAAAGAAGAAUUGUAUAUUAUUAAGCAAAUUUUAAUUUCAGCCAUCUUACCAGAUUUACGUCAAAAUGUAGAUAUAAAAUAAAAUAUAUUGACAUUCCAUAUUGUACUUUGUUGUUUAAAUUAGUGUAUAAUUUUUAACACGACAUGUAUUUAUAAAUUAUCUGAAACCACACAUUCUAAAUCGUACAGCCGCUAAAUAAAUCUUAUAUCUACGUUUAAAAUGAAAAA